AUGGCGCAGGACGGAUCCUACUUCGAUGACCUGCCGGGGCUGGACAACCUGGUGGCCAACACGGCCUACCUGCACGCUCAGCGCAUAGACCGGGAUAAGCUGAGGAAGCAGAGGCUGAACCUGACGCUGCCCAAACCAAAGAUGUCCUCUGCUCUCAUAGCAGCAGUAGGGAGGAAGUACGAGUCACUGUGUGAGCGACAGCCCAUCGGCAAGAAGUUGUUCCAGCAGUUUCUCCUGACCUCUAACCCACAAUAUGUGGUAGCUACUGAGUUCCUGGAGGCGCUGAGUGACUGGAGCGUCACUGAGGAUGAACACAGAGAGGAAGCCAAACAGAGCAUCCUCGCUAAGUUCUGUCAGCCCGGAUCCAAGAGUUUUCUCUCAUACCUUACAGGAGAGCCAGCUGAAAGGCGCAGGGCCUUAUCUGAAAAGAAAUUUGAGGUGAUGUUGGACGACAUAAAGGAAGACACAAGAGACUACCUGAGGGGGAAACCUUUCACGGAGUAUCUGAAUAGCCCCUUUUUUUACAAGUUCUUGCAGUGGAAGGAGUACGAGAAGGAGAGGAUCCAUGCCAGAUACUUUUAUGAGUUUAGGACUUUGGGAAGAGGUGGCUUUGGUGAGGUGUGUGCGGUGCAGGUGAAACACACAGGUCAGAUGUACGCCUGCAAGAAGCUGGAUAAAAGGCGAUUGAAGAAGAAAAGUGGCGAGAGAAUGGCCCUCACGGAGAAGCAGAUCCUGGAGAAGGUCAACAGCCUCUUCAUCGUGAACCUGGCUUAUGCGUACGACAACAAGACCCACGUGUGCCUGGUCAUGGACCUCAUGAAUGGAGGAGACCUCAAGUACCACAUCUACGAGCUUGGGGAGCGGGGUAUCCGUAUGGAGCGUGUUGUUCACUACAUGGCCCAGAUAACCACUGGGAUCCUCCACCUGCACUCCAUGGACAUCGUGUACCGGGAUAUGAAGCCUGAGAACGUGCUGCUGGACGCUAAGGGACACUGUCGGCUCUCAGACCUGGGACUGGCUGUGGAGCUGCCAAAAGGCAAAACAAUCUGCCAGAAGGCUGGUACGACGGGCUACAUGGCCCCUGAGAUCCUGCGGCAGGAGGACUACAGCACGUCGGUGGACUGGUGGGCUCUGGGCUGCAGCCUGUAUGAGAUGGUGGCCGCCCGUUUGCCUUUCAAAGACUUUAGAGAAAAGGUGCAGAAUGAGGAGGUGACUCGCCGCACUCUGGAGGAUGAUUGCAAGUUUGAACACAAACAUUUUGAUGCUCCCACCAAAGACCUCAUCAGCCGCUUCCUCAGGAAGAAGCCGGCUCAUCGCCUCGGGGGCCGUAAUGAAGACCCACGAAACAAUGCCUUUUUUAAGAACAUCAGCUUCAGACGUCUGGAGGCGGGGCUAGUGGAGCCCCCCUGGGUGCCAAAAUCCAACGUGGUCUACGCCAAGGACACGCAAGAGAUCAGGGACAUCUCUGAUGUCGAGGAUGUAAGCUUUAACGCCAAAGAUGACAAAUUCUUCAAGCAGUUCAGCACGGGCGCAGUCUCCAUCACCUGGCAGAAGGAGAUGAUCGACACGGGAGUGUUCGACGAACUGAACAACCUCGAACAGAACGGCAAGAAGACCAUGUGGGAAUCCAGGAUGUGCAUUAUUUUUUAA